CUUGCUAUGGAAUUGUCCAGGUUCCUACCGGACCCUGGUUCUGUCGGAAAUGUGAAUCUCAGGAGCGAGCCGCCCGGGUGAGAUGUGAACUGUGUCCCCACAAAGAUGGAGCCCUGAAACGGACUGACAACGGAGGGUGGGCCCACGUUGUUUGUGCUUUGUACAUCCCAGAGGUGCAGUUUGCCAACGUGCUCACCAUGGAGCCAAUUGUCCUGCAGUAUGUACCUCACGACCGCUUCAACAAGACCUGCUAUAUCUGUGAAGAGCAGGGCAGGGAGAGCAAAGCAGCCUCUGGAGCAUGCAUGGCUUGUAACCGACACGGCUGCCGGCAAGCUUUCCAUGUCACCUGUGCCCAGAUGGCUGGCCUCUUAUGUGAAGAGGAAGUCCUGGAAGUCGACAAUGUCAAAUAUUGUGGCUACUGCAAGUACCACUUCAAUAAAAUGAAGACCUCACGUCACUCUGGCAGUAGCUCCUUCAUUGCUGGAAGAAGGAGUCGAUCCACAUCCCCUGCUCAAGAGAAGCAUGUAUCCCACCACGAGAGGCCAAAGAAGAGUCGAAAGGACAAGGAGAGACCUAAACAGAAGCACAAAAAGCGUCCGGAGUCUCCCACCAGCCUUACCCCAUCCUCAGUGCCCAUCGCUGCAGAGAAGGGAUCCACCAGCCACCAUGAGGGGAGCAAAGAGACCUCGGAGGUCAGCAGGUCGGAUGUGAAGGGCAAGAAAUCCUCAAGCCAUGGCAGCAGCCACAAAGGGAAAAAGACGGGAAGUGGGAAAAGCUCGGUUGGCUUCAGCUCCACUUCAUCCAGUGGGACCUUCCAGCCUGCAGGUACCUCCUGCAGCAACUUGCAGUGCUCCCAGGACUUUGUGACAUUCCCCAAGCUUGAGCAGGACGACGAGAAGUACCGGAAGCCUGUCUCUUCCUCUUCUUCUUCCCACUGCUCCCCUCUGUAUGAAGGCCAGAAGGGGGACAUCUUUGAACAGAAGGUGAUCUUCUCAGGCUUUGGGUCCAUCAUGCGCUUCUCCACCUCUGCAGUGAGCCAGCAAAGAGGCCGUGAUGCUUCCCCCGUGGACUAUAAGGCCACAAACCCUGUCAGUGGCCCUUCAGUGGGGACCAGUGGGACCAGUAGUAGCAGCAGCAGCCACAAGCGGAUGCCAUCCCUCAGCAUGGAGGAGGGAGAGGUGCUGAAGGAAAAGAAGCACAAAGGUAGCAAGAAGAACAAGCAUGGACCUGGCAGGCCAAAAGGGGGCAAAAGCAAAGAGAUUUUGGGUGCCCAGCUGGCUGGGUCCACAUCUACUUCCUCGUCACCCUUCUCUGGGGGAUCUCUUGUUAGUUCUAGUGUCGGCAGCUCUUCACGGUCCUUCAGCCACACAGGGAAUCUGCCCAGCCUCAGCAUGGAGUCCCCACUGCUGGGUUCAGGGAUCUACACCAGUAACAAGGACCCUAUUUCCCACGGGGGCGGAGUGCUCCGAGCUGUGUGCAGUACACCCCUCUCUUCCAGCCUGCUGGCACACCAGGGUACCUCGUCUCUCCCACAGCUCAACCGGUCACCCUUUGCUAGCACCAUCCCAGCUUCCUCCUCCUCCGUCUCCACCACGCAGGUGUUCUCACUGGCAGGUUCAACAUUUAGCCUCCCUUCCUCACAUAUUUUUGGAAGCCCUCUCACAUCUGGGCUAUCAAUCAACCCACUCUUAAAUCAAUCGGAAAGCAGCCGGGCAGCAUUUUAUCUCUAUGUUCCCAUCGGCAGCUUGCAUCUGCUUGAGUGCAACGGGAAG